CGGGACAGCUUAGUUCGGGUGGAUCGCUGCGUCUUGUCCCCCACACUUCCCCCCGCACUUCAUCUCAACCAUCCCCACAACCCCAGCUUCAAUUGAUCUGGAGGUUUCUGGCGACACGUGAAUCCCGCUUGUCUAUGCCUAUCUUCAUCAUCGCUAAUCGCUAACGUCCAUCUGUAUUUCGACCCUAUCAACUCUACCUUACCAACUAUCGCCGCUACUACUGUUGUUAUCACCAUCUAUUCACACAGGGUACCUCUGUCCCAGGAGGCCUCAACUAUGUCGGAGAAGGCGUCGCGGUCGUCACGUGGCAAGGCCGAAGGGGCUGGGUCCUCGCGACAGAACUUGUCGGCGGCCCAUCUGGAGAAGAGGAGGAUGGCAGACCGGGAAUCACAGAGAGCAGGCCGUGAGAGAACGAAGAAUCAUAUACGCCACUUAGAGAAGCUAGUCGAGUCUUUACAGAAGACGGAGGAUAAUGACAGACUGGGGGCACUCAUGGAGCAAUGCCAAGAGCUCCGUGGGCAGAAUGAGCAACUAAUGUCGGUGAUAUCCAAUAUCGGCAGGUUAUGCAAAAGCAUAGAGCACCCCGAUGAGACUCGGGCACGGUCAGGCAGUUCACCAGGUGUCGCCUUCAAGGCAUCCAUGGAACCUGGUCUCCACCAGCAACCACUUCACACCGGAACCGCCGCAACAGAUAUGAGGCCUUCUUUUCCACCACAUGAGGGCCAACCUGAACCUUGGUGGCAUCAGAUUGGCUUGAGUGAAAUGGAGGGAAUGCACCAGGUGCCUAUCAACCCCGUGCUAUCCUCCAUAGAUCCGUUGCUGCCAAACCCGAAUUCGCCGAUACAGGCACAAAGUCCUAUUCAAACUCUCCACACAGUACCAAGGCCAUUUCCCGCCCCAGAGAUGCCCACCGAAAGUACAGCUGAAUCUGUAAAUAAUAUACUUUCCAAGGCUGAGUUGUUUACCGUUUUAUCUACUCAACCGGACGAAGAUACAGAUAUCGCCAUUCGAGCAGUUCUGAAUGGUUGGAAUUCCGUAAAGCACACGGACUCCUUGGACGACGGCUGGGAGUCGAUUAGCAAGGUAGACCAGCAAGCUUUCAUCUCCUGUGGCCUUAUCGAGAGGCUAGCUAUCCUGCAAGUUAUGAGACUAAAAUUACGACAUGUAGUUGAUCCCACGAACGAAAAUCUUGAGCGACUUCCAACGUUUAUGCAUCCGAGGCCAACUCAAAACCUAAUCCAACAUCCGACCAUGGUUGAUUAUUUUGUGUGGCCAGAUCUACGAGACCUCCUUAUACUGUCUCCGUACAAAAGCAUGAAAAGUGCAGAUGUUGUGAAGUUCGUUUCCAUCUUCGUUAAGAGUAUACGGUUCCAAUGGCCAUAUGACCUGUGCGACUCCUUUACAAAGAAUCCACACUCUGGUCUCUACGCAUUUUCCGACACCUUCUGCAGACAAUUUGAAGAUAUCCGAAGUUGGAUGUUGGAUUCCGACUUUUUUGUAAUGUGUCCGCAGAUGAUCGGUUAUAUUCCAAUACACAACCCAGGCCCAGGAAGGGUUCUCGGCGGAUUCUUAGAUCAAGGACACUUUGAGCAAGAACAAGGGGCACGGAACAAUACCGAGCCCGACUGGAGUGAUGUUUUGAUCCCGACAUGAUCCUGACAUGAUCCAAUGAAUGAACCAAGUUUGUUCUUCGUGGAGGGAUAAUGUGACCGAACCGGUGAUAGCCCCCUACGAGGGCUGACACACACACGCCCGGCCCAUGGUGUUCAUCGGACCCCCCAAGACGGGUGCAGGUGUUCAAGAACAUGAUUUUAGUAUCAAGAGGCACCUAAUUCGGGGGAUGGGUGGGCACCACUAGGGGGUCUUCUGUGAAUAUAAGGCGGUGGAUUCGUCGAGCGUCCACGAAGGUCAGAGCUUCUCGGAUGUAGGAUUCUUGAAAUCACGGAAGCAUCUACAACCAACUUAAAGCGAAAAUAAUACAUCAAUAGCUAUAUAACAAUGUACAACUCUAUAUACUGACUGGCUAC